AGCAUAUUCUGCCUUUUUUUCUCAGUCAAGCGUAUUUGCAGAGGACGAUAUGGACGUCACAUAAAUGAAGAAAUUAGAAUAGUGUUAAUCGGUAAAACUGGGAGCGGAAAAAGUGCAACAGGAAACUCCAUUUUAGGGGGGAAAAUGUUUGACUCAUCUAUCUCAGGGUCAUCUGUCACAAGUAAAUAUUCCAAACAACACGCACUUCGAUUCACUAAACGAAUUCAAAUUGUUGAUACGCCUGGCAUUUUUGACACUAGGCAAUCAAAUGAAAAAAUUCAGGAGGAAAUUGCAAAUUGCGUAGAUAUUACAUCGCCCGGUCCUCACGCUUUUAUUUUGGUAUUAAGCAUUUCCAGAUACACGGAGGAAGAGGACACAUCCAUUUUGCAUUUUGUCAAACAUUUUGGUGAUGACAUCUUCAAGUAUAUCAUUGUCCUUUUCACUCGAAAAGAUGAUCUUGACGAGGAAGGACAAACCAUACAACAAUAUAUUGAAACCGUUCCUACAGAACUAAAAUUGAUUAUUCAAAAGUGCGCUGGCAGAGUCAUCUCAUUUAACAAUAGACUUAACGGGGACGAAAAUUACGCACAAGUUGUAGAAUUAUUAUCGAUGAUAAUGAAAAAUGUAGCCAACAAUGAGGGCAGAUGGUAUACAAAUAAGAUGUAUUUUGAAGCUGGAAAACUUAUUACGGAAAGGGAAAAGAAGGAAUUGAAAAGGGCUAAAGAAGAAAAAGAAAAAGAAUUCAAAACAUUCGAAAAUAUAUUAGAUGAAAAGCAUAAAGCCAAGUUUGCGGAGCUAGAGAAAAGGCGUCAGAUGACACGAAGACAACUUGAAGCGCUGCAAAUAAAGGAUCAGCAAACUGAGAAAGAAUCAAAAUUGCUGCAGCAACAGUGCAACACAUUACAAAGGAAAUUGGAAUACAAGAAAAUGGAUCAAAAGAAAAAAAUAUGAAACCACACACUCCGUACCACCGCCUGGUUGGGAUGAAAAACAUAUGGUUAGAUUUUUACAAGUGUUGUUUUAGAUGGACACCCACGUCAUAGUAAACACAGUGUUUAAGAUGUAAUUCUUCAUCUUUUCUUUCACUAAAAUUAUUCUGACAAACAACCCAAUGAGAUAUUGUUUCUAGAUACAUCAAAGAAGAGAGAAGUUUUACUAUACGUGAACAUAAAACACUCAUAUAAUAAAUGUAGCGCUAAACCAUGAAGUAUUUUAGGGUGUUUCUACCACAGCAUUUAUGAAUACAAUUGUGAAUAUAAUUGACAAUCCUUUUUUUGUUAGUUAAUAAACAAGAUAUUUUAAAAAUAUCUUCUGAAGGCACUCAUUAACACAUUCAUAUGUUUGUGUUUUCUUACCCAAUUUUACAUUUUAUGCUUUAAUGAUACAUGUAUAUCAUUUACCUAGUGUUCUAGUUUACUUUCAGUGCAUGUCAUGUAACUGUCACUGUCUAACAAGCCUUUUGCAUGAGAUGUUUAUUUCAUGAUAUUCCAAUAUCACGCGUUUGACAUUUUGUUCUUGUUGGCAAUAUGGACACGCUUUUUUUUACUUGUCUAUUCCAUUUAUUAACCUUUGAUCGUUAUUAAAAAUUUGAAAGUAAGCUUUAGUUACCUAUUUAUCAAAUAUGACAACUGUAUUGCUUACGGGGAAAAUAUAUUGAUUAACAAUAUAUUUAACUUAUGACAUACUUUGACCAUGCAUUUCUGUAUUUUGCAUCUUCUUGCACUGUAGUUUUACUUACAUUAAGGGGUUUCAACAAACAAUGAAUACUGAAACAUUUAUUCUACCAUUCGUAUUUAUGAUACCAGCUUCCCAAUUGUCAAAUUCCGAUAUUUAUAUAGCAAUAUCCCUUCACCACCUACAUAGUGUGUCUAUGUCUCUCAACUGAUUCUCUAUGCGAAGGUAUGUUCUGCGUAUGUUCAAUUUUUUAAUCAAGGCAAACUUCUGACAAAUAUGUUAAUGCUACAAGAUUUUCUCGAGUAUCUUUUGAUGUAACAUUUCACCAAUUCUAUGGUUGUUAUCAUGAUCUAAGUAAAUCUAAGCGGUCACUGGGUCGAAUGUUGUCUGGUGUGUACCAUGCAAAUAGUUAGGCCGUUCAGCCCGUUCUUUACAAACUGAAUGUAACAAAGGAUUACUCUGUUUACCUAUAAGCAAUACAAAACAAAGAGGUGGGCAAACACAGACCCCUGGAUAUAUCAGAGGUGGGAUCAGGUGCCUAGGAGUAUAUAUAUAUAUAUAUAUAUAUAUAUAUAUAUAUAUAUAUAUAUAUGUGUGUGUGUGUGUAUAUUUUGUAAAAGCAAAUUAAAUAUACAUCCGUAUUUUCAAGCUGGUAACGAAGUACUUAGCUACUGGGCUGUAGAGACCCUCGGGGACUAACAGUCCACCAGCAGAGGCCUCGACCCCGGGGUCAUAAUGUAAAAUGUAUACAGUACCAAUUUUGAUGCACCAGAUGCGCAUUUCGACAAAUUAUGUCUCUUCACUGAUGCUCAACCGAAAUGUUGGAAAUCCGAAGUAACAAUGAAGUUUUAGAGCUAUUAUAGGGAAAAACAGUGUGCCAAAAAAGUGGAGUCAAAUUUGUCUAAGGAUAAGAGGUAUGCGUGAGGGAGAUAAUCCUUAAUUUUGAAAUGAAUUUCUAAAUUUUGUAACAGCAAUUAAAUAUACAUCCAUAUUUUCAAGCUAGUAACGAAGUAUUUAGCUACUGGGCUGUAGAGACCCUCAGGGAUUAACAGUCCACCAGCAGAGGCCUCAACCCAGGGGUAUAUAAAUAUAUAUAUACCGAUUGAUAGACCGGAAUUGAUGAUAGGGGCUUGACAGAGGAUGCUUACUCCUCCUAAGCACCUGAUUCCACCUCUGGUGUGACCAGGGGUUCUUGUUUGCCAAUCUAUCUUAUAGGAGUUUUGAGAUUGAUCACUGUUCGUUAUCUUCACCUUUCAUGCAUAAUUGGAAUAUGAACUGCCUUAACAUACCCGCGCAUCUUUUAAACUGUGGUUUUUAAAAGGUAGUGUGUAUUUACUCAGCAGGUUGUAAACAUUUGAAAUCUUCAUUAUUUUAAAUGAUUCAAUGAAGUGUAUUCGUUUUUUUUUUUACUAGAUCCUCAAUCAUAAGAUGAAUAUAUGACAUGUAAUAAAUAUUUCAAUUCUAGAAAAUAGGACCAAUUAUUUAUUAUUUUCGCCUUUAUAUACGGAUGUGUCUUAGAUUUUAGUCUGAUAUAUUUCGGCUUCCAAGGUACGAUUUGUCUAAUUCGUUAGCCCUGAUGUGCUCAUGCAGAGUAUUUAUUUCAGCAUAUUAAAUGAUUUGUAAUCAUUCGAUGUGUUGUUUUUGCAUCUUAUUUUCUGUUAGUUCAAUUUCUUUUUUGUAUAUUAUUAUUUUUAUCUAUAAUCCUUUUCUUCUUAUUUGAAUGUUUAUAUUUUGUUACUGAUACUUUGUAUUUUCGAAUAAUUUCGUAUAUUCGCUGUUCCAGUAUAGUCGAAUGAUAUAUAUGCUAGUAUUGACAAUGGUACAACAAUUUUGAUUGGUGGAAAUGUUUUAUUCUUACAUGCCAAAACUUUACGCAUUACAAGAAAGUCACGACAUUAUUUGAAACGUUAUAAUGAUAUUUGUGACAUUAUAACUUAAUAUAUGAUUUACAAAAUCUUCAUAUCCAUAAAGCAUUGUUCACGGAGUUUUAAGAUCAAUCAGGGGAAUAAGCUGAUAGGUCAGAACUCUAAUAUUUGUUUAGAUGAUCAGAAAAUUAUCCCCAAAGUUGGAUGAAAAAUGUAUUCACCACAGCUUUGUUGCACGUUUUAGUCAUUUUUUUUGUGUUUAAACCUCGUAUUUUAAUUACAAAUCAAAUUUAUUUAUCAAAACGUUCAUGUAAUAUUCAUUCAUACACUGUAUAGGUAUCCACCUUGGAUAAUUGAUGGGAUCAUUCUUAGAUAUCCAUUGUUAUUGUAGUUAUUGAUUUAUAUUUCAGUGGGAAAUAAACAAUACAUGUCACUCGUUUUUGUGUUUGUAUUUAAUAUGUUCGUACAGAACAAGCGCAAGAUGAAGAAAGUGAAGAUGGCAGACAGUGAUCAAUAACAAAGAUCCUAUGGACAAUACAAAAUGAGAUCAGUGCAAACGUGGACCUCCUAGAAUCCAAAGUGGAAGAUCAGGAAUCCCUUGUUGACAGGUCACACCUGCUAGAACCUAUGCCAGGAGUGGAGGAGUUGCAAAAUUCCUGUCCAAAGGAUCCAGGGGGAUGGGCGAAAUGACUCACCUGGGCACAGUGCACAGUAUUGGUCCUACACUUUGAUGGGCAAUGACACUAAAAAAGAAUAACUCUUUACACCAUAGAUAAAAGGAUGACUGAGAGAAAAUCCCCAAAUAUGGAACAAGCAGGAUUUCAAACUGCUCUGAAUGAGUUACUGGAAGAGAAUUUAAAUGUGAAGGAGGUUGUGACCGAUGUACAUCUAGAGACGCAGUUCCCAGAAAUAUACCAUUCACAUGACAUUUGGCAUGUGGCAAGAAAUCUUGGGAAAAAAUUGUAAAGGUAGCACAGAAAAAAGGGAACGGUAUUUUGCUGGACUGGUGCAAGGACAUAGUUAACCACUUUUGGUUUUCAUGUUGUGAGGCCAACACCUUUGAGGAAUUGUGAUUAGUUUAUCACCUGACAUGCUG